ACAGGUUUACAGCCAGUUUUUUCAGUCUCGGUCGCCUUAAAUCUGUACGACACUCCUCGGCAGGUUGCCUACCUCUCAGGGUGCUGCAGGCGAGAGACGGGCACGCCCCCCUGGGCGCACAACCGCGCGAUGAGGCGUGCGGGAAAGCGGUGUCAAAGGUCGAUUCGAGCCCCGGGGGCUGCUGGUGCGCAUUUGAACUUUUGCGCCUUUGGCUGGGGUGGGGGCGGGCGCGCUGCUCGCUCGGGGCUGCGUUCGGCAGUCGACGUGAAAUCGCAAAAUGGCAGUGGCAAGAGGGUGAUUGGAUAAUUCGCAGCCUAAUCCACUUGGUUAAGCGGGCUUUGAAAAGACCGACGGCCCCCGGAAGGCGGCCCAGCGACCCGGGCGAGGCUGCCGCCGGCCGAAAUCGCCGCGAGAGGCCCUGAGGGGCCGAGAAAAUGGUGAUAGCAAUGCCGGAGACGAGCAAGCAGUCGCCCCUGGCCGUCGCCUGCGUCUCCAACGCCGACGAGUCGCCCAAUAUUAUUGUUUACCGAAAGAUGGAAAAGGUUGUUGAGCAUAUGCAAGAUGAAUCAACUGGUGUUCCAGUUCGGACCGUGAAAAGCUUCAUGUCCAAAAUCCCCUCUGUGUUCACUGGAUCAGAUCUGAUAGCUUGGAUGAUUAAAAACUUGGAUGUAGAUGAUCAAAACGAGGCGCUGCACUUGGCUCAUCUUAUGGCUUCACAUGGCUAUUUCUUCCCCAUUGACGAUCAUAUUUUAACAGUGAAGAAUGAUGGAACGUUUUACAGGUUCCAGACUCCGUAUUUUUGGCCAUCGAACUGUUGGGAGCCAGAAAAUACAGAUUAUGCCGUGUACUUGUGCAAGAGAACCAUGCAGAACAAAGCGCGGCUGGAGCUGUCUGAUUUUGAGGCGGAGAACCUCGCCCGGCUGCAGAAAAUGUUCUCGAGAAAAUGGGAGUUUAUUUUUAUGCAGGCAGAAGCGCAGAGCCGUGUUGACAAGAAACGCGACAAACUGGAGAGGAAGGUGCUUGACUCGCAGGAAAGAGCAUUUUGGGACGUACACAGACCUGUGCCUGGCUGUGUGAACACGACUGAGGUGGACAUCAAAAAAGCAUGCAGCAUGAACAAACCAAGCCAGCAGAAGUCGCUGCAGAUCACGAAACCAUCUUCUGGCCCGAUGUUUGCGAUGGACAACAUGGCUGCGGCCGUGAUAAACGCCAUGAGCGUGUCCGCCGCGGUCACCACCACCGCGCACGCCGAGCCGCAGAAAGACCCAGUCGCUGUUGUCAAGCGAGAAAUCGAAACUUUACGCCAGAAAAUCGAUAGGAGAAAUUUCAAGAUAUCCAAAGUAGCGGAAAGCUACAUUUCCUAUUACGAGCAAUAUUAUGAGUACGACCCCUUCUUCACCCCUCCUGAGUUGCCAAACCCUUGGAUUUCUGAGAGUUUAGAGAUGUGGGAUCCUGAGAAACAGUUAGAAGUUUCAGCCCGUAGAGUGAAAAGAUGGGCUUUCAGCUUGAAAGAGCUGUUGAUGGACCCUGCUGGCAGGGAGCACUUUAGCAAAUUUCUGGACAAGGAGUUUAGUGGAGAAAAUCUCAAAUUCUGGGAGGCUGUGGAGAACCUGAAGAGUUUGCCACUGUCGCAGGUGGCUUCUGAGGUUGAAUUGAUCUGGAAUGAGUUUCUCACUCAAGACGCCAAGUGCUCCGUCAACAUCGAUUGUAGGUCGCUUGAAGUGACAAAAGAAGCCAUCGCCACCCCGUCAAGGUGGAGCUACGACGUGGCUGCGGCCCAUGUGUAUCAACUGAUGAGAACUGAUAGCUACCAGCGAUAUUUAAGAUCUGAAAUGUACAAGGAUUUCUUAACUGGAUCAAAAAAGAAGACGUCGGUGAAGGGCAUUAGAUCGAUUGUCAACUUCACAGGAAGAAAGGACACCCUGGUGCCGAGCACCUAGAUGCCGACGAACACUCCAGUGUUGAAUAUUUUGAUGCCAAAGAAGAAGAAAAUAAGUGUUAUUUUAUUAUCUUCUGUGUAGAGCCAACACACAAGCCCUCUCUUUCAAUGUUGAAAGCGAUAUAUCAAGCGAUGCAAUAAUUAAAACGCAAAAUUUUAUGUGUAUAGCUAUUUUAAAAACGGACGCUGCAAAUAAUUAUGAAACUGCGAAAAUACUGACAGAUGAUGCUAAUCGUGUUAAACAAAAAGCGGAAAAAUCUUCCUUACUGUUAAGUGUUGUAGAUGCUGGUAACAGUUCACGUAUAUUAUUACCCAAAAGGCAUUUAACUGCUGUUCUCUAAGUGUUCUUUCCUCUAAUUCCUGAAUUUCAUGCUCUUCUCUCUCUCUCACUCACUCAUUCUCUGUAUUACAUUUUUGGCGGGAAAGCAUACUAAGUGGAUCCAAAGAUUAAAAUAAUCUUAAGGCUGCUCUCUUCAUGAAAAGCAGAUCUACGGGUAUUUAAAUGCAUUUUAUGGAAAACACGCGCAAAAAGAAAUCAUUGGCUUCGCAGGCAAAAUUUUACUCGUGCCACCAAAUUCCAACAACUGUGUACACGGAAUUGUUAACAUUGUACUGUUUGAAGAUGAAACAACAAUAUUGUGAAGAUUUAUGUAUAACGAAACAAUAAUACACAGCAAAAGGGAAAAGUA